AUGUUGACCAAAACGGUUCUCUUCGCCUUGAUGGCAGCUCUUGUUGCCGCCCGGCCCAUGCCUCAAGAUCCUCCUCCGCCAGGAGGUCCUCCCGGAGGAUUUCCCCCACCCGGAGGUCCGCCAGGAGGCCCACCAGGAGGCCCACCACCGGGAUCACCACCAGGCUCGCCGCCUGGAGGAGGUUUUCCACCACCAGGAUCGCCGCCGGGCUCGCCGCCAGGCUCACCACCUGGGUCCCCACCCGGAGGCGCACCUCCACCUACUGGCCCACCUCCCGGCGCUCCUCCAACGGGUCCGCCGCCAGGGGCACCACCAACUGGACCGCCCCCCGGAGCCCCUCCAACUGGCCCUCCGCCAUCUCAACCGCCGGUCCAGCCACCGCCAAAGUUUUAA